CAAGGCUAACCUGUCAGCACUGCUAUAUAAAGCCGGAGAUCACCUGGCCUAAGCACCACAUUUCAUCAUGAGGCUCCUGGUACUCGCCUGCAUGAUUGCGGCUGCAGCAGCCGGCUCGCUUCGGAGCUACGGUUUACCAUCACCUGGACCAGGUGACUCAGGCAUCUUUGGAAAUGGUUGUGCAAAUGGACAGAUUCGUCAUGUGGAUGGAAAUUGUGUGACUCCUCUUGUAACCAGAAACUUGUACUUGUAUAAUGCUCCUCCAGUAGAUCCAAUUGUAGGUCCCAGACCAAUUGUUCCUCCACCAAGGAUUGAACAAACCCUUUUAUUCAUCCGGACCCCAGAAGUCGGCCCAGGUCCAGAUCCCAUUAUUGUACCACCACCUCAAACGAAAAAUGUUGUGUAUGUCCUCAACCAGCGGCCUGAAGUGGAGCAGAAGGUCGUCCUCGUCCCAGCUCCUGAACAACAAACUCCUCAAGUAUACUUCGUUAACUAUGCUGAAGGUGACAACCCGAAUCUUCCCACAGGAGACGAUCUCCAAUCUGCCCUCAGCGCUGCAGCUCAUGGUAGUGGUGAGGUUAUCGGCGCCCUUGGAGGCACUGGAGGAGAAUUUGGUAUCGGUCUUGGUAGCGUUGGAGGCGGAAAUGGAGUUGACCUUAGUGACAGCAGCUUAGGUGUGUCCACACCAUCUGGUCUUUAUUCCCCACCAUGAAAUUACAAUCAUGACAGCACUGCUUUUCCCCCUUCAAGCUCCAGUCUUUAUAUACUUAGUGUAAUUCAUUGGCUACAUAUAACUUUGUAAACUUCUUGCUUAUUACAUAUUAUAAUAUUUACUUUUUCCGACUGAUUAAUUUAUAUGAGAUGUGACAAAUACAGGUGUCUAAUUUUGUGAAUCAUACCUACUCAAAUUA